CUUUUGGGACUCGAAGGUGGGAGGUUGUUUUAUUGAGUGAUUGUUUGGCUUCAAUAACCGUUUCUUUAUACCCGCGUAGAUGUUUCAUCUAAUUACGACAAGGUACACUUGUAAAUUCAAAGAGGUUUUUAAGAAAUUUACACUGCUUUUCAAUUCACAAAAUUUUUAUUACGACAAAGUUUGGGAAAAUGGCUGAAUCUGUAAAGAAUAGUGAAUAUGUAGGCCACGUGGCGAAGAAACUCACUCAAGAGGAAAUCGAGAAAAUGCAGGCGCAAAAUUCGCGAUUAGUUUCUGAAUUUCGGGCUAAUCAACUGGAAAAAGAUGCUAAAAAGCAUUGGGACUUGUUUUAUAAACGAAACGAUACUAGAUUCUUUAAAGAUAGACACUGGACUACCAGAGAGUUCCAUGAAUUGCUAGGCUUGGGUACGGAAGACGAUCAAAAGAUCCUUCUAGAAGUCGGAUGCGGUGUUGGAAAUUUCAUAUAUCCAUUGAUCGAAGAUGGAUUGAAGUUUAAAAUGAUAUUUGCCUGUGAUCUUUCUCCUAGAGCCGUGGAGUUAACAAAGAAACAUAUAUUAUAUGAUCCAAAAAAUAUGAACAUUUUCCAAACUGAUAUUACGACAGAAAAUUGUUUUCGCGAGGUGGAUUACUCGGUGAAUAUAGUAACAUUAAUAUUUGUAUUGUCGGCUAUUAAUCCAACAAAUUUUAGAACAGUUGUGAAAAACUUGUAUAACGUUCUUGAUAUUGGAGGGAUAGUGCUUUUUAGAGACUAUGGUCUGUAUGAUAUGGCUCAAUUAAGAUUUAAACCUGGUCACAAAAUCAGUGAAAAUCUAUAUAUGCGACAAGAUGGAACUAGGACGUAUUAUUUUUCAGAGGAAGAAGUAUUAAACUUAUUUGAAUCAAUUGGCUUUAAAGUUUUAUCAUGCAGUUACGUACAAAGACGUACUAUAAAUUUGAAAGAAAAAAUAGAUGUACCAAGAAUUUUUGUACAAGGAAAAUUUGAGAAGUCUUAAUAAUAAUGUUAUAUGGCUGAAUGGGUGUAACUACACUACAAUAUUACAUAUAGUGGUUGUAUGACUCAAUGAAAAUGAUUACAGCAAUAUGGCACCUAGUGUUAAUUGCUGGAUCUGCGAUUAAUAAGAGUUGAAUGUAACUAGUCAUAAAUGUUUUUGAAGUAUCGGGAUAUUUGCGUUUCUUAAACCAAAAGCGCUUUGUACCUUAAACAAGAAAAUUUGGAUGAAUCUACAGAUCUUGAGAUAUAGAUUAUCAAGAGGGAUAUUACUAUGGAAAAUGUAAUGUAAAUUAUAUCUGUGUUAUUAAUAUAUGUACACUUAUGUGUGUAAUACGUAAUAAAUAAAGCUAUGUAAUUGAA